GACCAUUUGAGCGAGAGAACAAUAUGCUAACUAUAGUUGUGACAGUACUGUCUUGGCAGAUUGUUCAAGCUGGAUUGCAAUGUCUGAAAUGCACAGAUGCCAUACUGCCAAUUAACUGUGAAACAGUAAUUACAUGCGGAUCCCACGAAAAUUGCUUUGUUGACGCUAAAGUUACACCAGCAGGGGAGAUUCGGUAUGACCUUGGCUGCAGAGACAUACUGCAAUGUAAUACAUCCCAUACCAGUAAACGAGAUAUCCUUCCUGUAACUGAGAUGAAAAACCUGUCGGUAUUGAAGAGAACAUCAAACGAUUCGUUGACAUGUAGCGAGUGUUGUAGCAAUGACUUUUGUAACAGCGCAGGAUGUGGUAAAACUGGUUAUCCUUCGCCCAGAGGUCCACUGUGUUUCAAUUGUCCACAACAAAGUACACCAUCUGACUGUAGUAAAAUCACAAUGUGCGGACAGGACGAGGCGUGCAUGCUUCUCAGAACAUCAGAUCCAGUCACACAUAGAUUCAGAUAUCAAACAAAGUGCGAAAACGAGAAGACUUGCAAUGACGAAAUGUCGAAAUAUAGACCAGUGUCCUCGACAUUGGUUGGAAAAAGGAAGAAAAAGGAAUCAUUACCAAUAAGUGGCACUUGCGUUAUUCAAUGCUGUAAAGAAGACUUGUGCAACAACAUCUGCAGAAAUACCUCAGUGGGGGCAUUCAGCAGCAUCAACACUACCACAAGUUCACAAUCUUCAGUUGCAAUUACAUCACCAGCACCAGCGGAUCCAUGUUUAUCAAAUCCUUGUCAGAGCGGGAAAUGUUCUCCUUACAAUGAUACGUAUAGAUGUACGUGCGAUUAUGGUGUACACGGACGUAAUUGUGACACAGCAUCUGCAACUCUACCGAUGUCAACAACACAUGCAAGCCCUACGACUCGUGAAAGUAAAAAUACUUCAAAGUCGGCAUGUGUAGACAAACUGGAUACUUGUGGUCUACUGGAUCUCAGUUACUACUGCUACGGAACGUACGUUGAAUUUGCAUUAGAAAACUGUAUGCGAUCUUGCAAUUUCUGCAGCGGUGUUGACAAGGUGGAACGUGCGUUUUGUGAAUACAAGGAUCAGUUUUAUAAACAAAAUCAAACAUGGUCAGACGGAUGUAUUAGAAAUUGUACAUGUACAGACGCCGUAAAAGGAAUGUAUACGUGCCAAAGCGUGUGUUUGGACUUUAGCGCGUUACCAAGUAUCUGUCAUUUGGAAGAUACUAAUAUAAAGCCAUAUUAUACGUCAUUUUCGUGCUGCAAACAGCCCAGGUGUCCUAGUGGUAUCACCAUCAACAUUCCAAAGGCAUACAGGAACCUAUAUCCAGGAUACACAUAUGUUUAACUAAACAUACAUACAUUUCCUUUGUUAUGUUAAUUGUUAAUCAUGAAUUGGAGUUUAAAAAUGUAUGUAUUUCCGUAAACAUUGAAAUAAAAACAAAUUGUGUUAAUGGCUGAAAAACGAAUUUUAUUAGUUAAUUAACAUAAUUGUUGAGUCAAGUGAUCACAAUUUAUAAAGGUACGACAUUAAAGGUAUUAUGAGAUACAUACUCCAGACUGCUACAGUUGGCCUAGUGUGUUGAGGUUAAUAUACU